AUGAAGUUGUUUCUUUUGCUGAACUACAUCUCUGUGGUCUUGGCUAACCGGCCAAAGCACCUUGUUUCACCGGAUAAACUCUCCUCUGAGAUCCGGCUGAAAGACCUUCUGAAGGGCACGCAAAAGCUCGAGGACUUUGCUUACGCGCAUCCUGAGCGAAACCGGGUCUUUGGUGGCAAGGCACACAAUGAUACUGUUGACUUCCUCUACCGCGAGUUGAAGAAGACCGGGUAUUAUGAUGUAUACAAGCAACCACAGAUCCACACAUGGACCAGCGCAGAAGCCUCUCUUUCUUUCAACGGCGACUCCAUUGAGAUUACCUCGAUGACAUACAGCCCCAGCGUUGAUAUUACUGCAGAGGUGGCUGUGGUUUCAAACGUCGGGUGUACUGCAUCGGACUACCCAACCGAGGUGGCUGGUAAGAUCGCCCUGGUCCAGCGUGGAGAAUGCACUUUCGCAGAGAAGGCGACGCUGGCUGGUACGGCGAAUGCAGCUGCAGUGAUUAUUUACAAUAACGCUGCAGGCUCUCUGAGUGGAACUUUGGGUGGAGUAUCCGAUGCGUAUGCUGCAAUUGGAGGCAUCUCCCAGGCCAACGGCGAGACUCUGCUCAGUGCGGCAGCCAGCGGUGUUGUGACUCUAUCUCUUGAGAUUGAUAGUAAAGUCGAGAACCGCACGACCUUCAACGUGAUUGCAGAGACAAAAGGUGGUGAUCAUAAUAACGUUGUUUCAUUGGGAGGUCACACCGACUCAGUCGAAGCCGGCCCGGGAAUCAACGAUGAUGGCUCUGGGAUCAUCAGUAACCUCGUGGUUGCAAAGGCGUUGACCAAAUUCUCUGUGAAGAAUGCCGUGAGGUUCUGCUUCUGGACUGGUGAAGAGUUCGGCUUGUUAGGGAGCGAAUACUAUACUUCACACCUGAGCUCUGCGGAACUAGCGAAAAUAAGGCUCUACCUCAACUUCGACAUGAUUGCUUCACCCAACUAUGCGCUCAUGAUUUAUGAUGGCGACGGAGACGCCUUCAACCAGACCGGGCCAGCAGGCUCUGCCGAGAUCGAGGCCCUGUUCCAGAACUAUUUCAAAUCAAAGAAGCUGGCAUAUAUUCCAACCGCGUUUGAUGGCCGCUCCGACUACGAUGGUUUCAUCUCUCGUGGUAUUCCUGCCGGUGGUAUUUUCACAGGCGCGGAGGGUAUCAAGACCGUCGAGGAGGCAAAGCUUUUCGGAGGUCAAGCAAAUGUCUCCUACGAUGUGAAUUAUCAUGCUGCCGGGGACAACACCACCAAUCUUAACCAUGAGGCAUUCUUGAUCAAUUCAAAGGCCACUGCUUUCGCCGUCGCUAAAUAUGCCACCAGCCUUUCGUCAAUCCCACCACGGACUGAAACCCCCACCAAGCGACGGACUAAGAGAGAGCCCCGAUCCCAUGCUCACACUAAGAACACCGGAUGCUUCCAUUCUCUGGUUGAAAUCUAA